UCCAUUUACACAAAAUGGGUGUUCUCAGGACCUCGUGUCUACUGCUUGUGGUGUGUCUUGUAGGGAACGUAGUGGGGUUGCUGUGGCCUUCUUCGACUGAUACAGGGUUAGAUGGAGUUAGGAAAGCUUCACGAUGGAAUAUGCCCUGGCUGGGUAUCGGCAUAUGGUGCAACGGCUGCCCCCCGAAGAGCUGCGAGGACGAUGACGCCAUCAUACAUGGCUACUGCUGCGGUUGCGCUUAUUCUUUAGACAAACUACCAGUACUGUGUCCGGAGUUUCUGCAGUGCCCGCUGAACUUGCACGGGCUGUGUCACGACUAUGAAUACAUGAUGAGGUGCUGCUGCUAG